GGCCACCAGCCAGUCAGUCGUCUACGGGCGAAGGACACAAGUGUAGUUACAUGAAUCUUCAAAGUGCCUCAGAUUCAUUCAUAACUCCAGUUCUUGUCAGUGUAUUUUUUAAACCCGAAGCAGUGAACGACGAGCUCCUCGGUGCGACACCACCCUGUGUCCAUGGUAAAGCCCCACGUUAACAGCCAGGAUUGUCCCGAGGCAGGAGGGAAACGAGAGAAGCUUCAACUCAACGAAGGGGAAACAGAUUUGUUGAACAGAUUUCAUCAGACCCAGCUCCCACUUUGCUCUUUUGGCUACUCAGACAGUUUUCAUUAUCUUCCAUGGAUGUGGCAGAUUCCUGAGCAGAAAGGAUGACAUCGGAGGCUGCAGUCUCCACACCUCCUGCAAUAAGCAGCACCCCCGCCCAGAGGGACUACUACUGGCUUCGCUCAUUUGUAGCUGGAGGUGUAGCAGGAUGCUGUGCCAAGACUACCAUUGCUCCUCUGGACAGAGUGAAGAUUCUUCUUCAAGCCCAGAACCCCCAUUACAAACAUCUAGGUGUGUUUUCCACUCUCAGAGCUGUGCCAAAGAAAGAAGGCUUCCUUGGCUUGUACAAGGGUAAUGGGGCAAUGAUGGUCAGGAUAUUCCCUUAUGGAGCUAUCCAGUUCAUGGCCUUCGACAAUUACAAAAAGCUGCUAAGUAAACAGAUUGGGAUCUCUGGACACAUCCACCGCCUCAUGGCAGGAUCUAUGGCAGGGAUGACUGCGGUGAUAUGCACCUACCCUCUGGACGUGAUACGAGCGAGACUGGCCUUCCAGGUGAAAGGAGAGCAUCGCUACACUGGAAUUGCCAAUGCUUUCCACACCAUCUACCUUAAGGAAGGGGGCGUUUCAGGCUUCUACAGGGGGCUUACGCCAACACUGAUUGGAAUGGCUCCUUAUGCAGGUUUCUCAUUCUUCACCUACGGCACCCUGAAGAGCCUCGGCUUGAAACAUUUCCCAGACCUGCUGGGACGCCCCUCUUCAGACAAUCCUGAAGUCCUCAUUCUGAAAACCCACGUCAACCUGCUUUGUGGAGGGGUGGCCGGUGCCAUCGCUCAGACAAUAUCGUACCCCUUAGAUGUGGCUAGGAGAAGAAUGCAGUUAGGAGCUGUGCUUCCUGACUCUGAGAAAUGCACAUCGCUGAGCAAGACCCUGAAGUAUGUGUACACAGAGUAUGGGGUCAAGAAGGGAUUGUACCGAGGCCUUUCUCUCAACUACAUCCGCUGUGUCCCCUCCCAAGCUGUGGCCUUCACCACCUAUGAGUUCAUGAAGCAGGUCCUCCACCUGAACUAGCCACUGUUUUUUAACUCCCAAGUCUGUACCUGGGCCCGUAGGCUCUGAGUCAUUAAAGCAGCUCAACCUCGAUGCUUCCUUCACAGAGUGAUCCGAGACUCACUCGCUACGUCUUAAACUCUUCAAUGUGGAAAUUGUCUUUCCUGUGGGUUCACUGAAGGUACCAGGGAAGUCAGUUAAUGCUGGAUAUCAGACAGUGAGGUACUUUAUGUCUGAUUCAUUCCCUCUUAUUUCCUGCUUAUGUGACUCGCCACCUCAUGAGUGAUGAUUUACUCAACCACACGACAUGUGGUUUGAAUAUGAACAAAUCCCUCAUCAGUGUCUCCAUGGAUAGAGCAGGGCAGCGGCAUCUUUGAUCUGGAUUGGUUGGUUGGAUGGCUUGGGGCAAGGAUAUGCUCUUAAACAAUGUUGUUGACAACACAACAACAACCGUCUGAUUGUGUAGCAGCCCUCUCACUCACACAGCAGACACAGAUGUCCACACAGUCUCACUUGUCUCUUCCAGCUUAAAAUGAUCAAAUUAGCUUAUUAACCAUUAUUCUGUUUCUUUCCAAAGCUCGGUGAUAUGCUUUUAUUUUAACAGUAUAUCACCCCCGAGCACUUCAAUUCUAUAACUACACAUUUUCUUCAUUGUUUAUCAUGUGUCCUUUUUACCCACUUGGCCGUUGUUGAAAGGUGGCUGAAACUUUAACGUAAUCAGAUGAUUCAUAAUGAUUUAUUUAUUCAGUGCUUUGUGUGUCUUUAAAUUUGGGUUGCAGUAACUUUAGGAGACGAUUAUGUUUGUGCGUCUUUGCCUUUGUCUUUUACACAAAUCUAAGGUUAAUAUAACAAAAUUUCACCUGCAGGGUUUUCAGUUUGAGGCAACUUCACAUUUUAUUGCCAAACCUUGACUAGAGCAGUUACUGUAUGUGUUUUCAUUUGCUGAAAAAACCUUUUGUCUUUUUUAUGUUGGUUAAUGUGCUCGAAGAUGUUUAGCGUUGAUGAUAUUGUAUUAUGUAGAUUGAUGCUCUGCUGUAAUCAGAAAUAUAUUUAGAGGUGUUUAAGAUGUUAGCAUUGCUACAUGAUAUGGAUGUAGGUCUGAUGUUUGCCAGAAGGAACUCAGGAGAAAUUUGCACUUCAUGACUGUAGCUUUUUCUUUGUGUAUUUAUUGAUUUAGCGACCUGCUGCCACUGGGGGGCAGCAUUGAACACAAAUUGAAUUGUUUACCAUCAGAGCUGGAUACAACACUCAUACACAUAUUUCAUAUAUCUCUUAUCAAAUACAAGCGAGAGUAGGCUCUUUAUAUUUUUUUCUGUUUUGCCUAACCAAAGCAAGUCGUCAGUUAGUGAGUAUAAUAUAUGCAGUGCUUUUAACCCGGUUCUGCCAGAAUGCUGUUUGCAUUUAUUGCCCAGGAAGGCUGAACAUUAAUGACUGAAUGAAAGUGUUGUUUAAUCAUGCACCAUCAACUCACCACCAGUGUUUGGGUGAAGCCUCAUCAGUUUGCUGUACAAGCAUCCUCCCUUUUCAGCCUCUUGCCUUCGUCUGCAUUCAAAUGUCUUACUUCACCAGAGUGAUUGAUGUGUUUCAUUGGAGUUUCUCCACAUGCUUGCUGCCUCAGCUUUCAGAUCACUGCAAAUGAAUAGUGAGAAAUUACAAAAGGCACAUGCCUCGGAACAGCGGUUUCCAACCUGUUUGGCUUGUGACCCCCUUAAAAUAUUUGUUAACCAACAAAGAGGCGACACAAAAUUUCACAAAAAAGUAAAAAUUAGAAUAAAGUCCAAACACACAAACACAAAUUUGGGCAGCAGAACUCAAUGUUUUUUUCUUCUUUUCUAUUCCAUUAAAGAGUAUAACUUUACACCUAAUUCUCCACUUUUAUUACACUUUCUAUUGAUCCUGGUCCCAUUUUACAGUGUUCAUUUGAACAGGUAUUUUCCUUUACUAGAGAAAAUCCAGUAACUCUGUCCAUUUAAAACAUUCUGUGAACAAUCUCUUACAUACCCUGAAUCACCCAGCCCCUAAAUUACAAGGUGACAUCAUUCAAAUGCAUUUUCCAAAUUUGUGGAGAGGGUGUGUUCAAGCUAAAAUCGUGGCGUUAACUGCUGUUUGAUCAUAUUGUGAACACCCAGUGUCAUUGUGUGACACACUGGAGGGGUCCAGACUUCCAGGUUGGGAACCACUGCCUAAGUAUAAAUCGAUGAUUCGCACAGACUACUGAACACUUUGAAAGUCGUUUACUGUAGAAGAAGUGGGAUGUCGAAAAGGCUUCAGUCACUAGCAGUUCCUCAGUUGGAUGGUUGCCACCCAUCAACCAGUACAAAAAAAACAAACUUUUGUUCACAACAGUCCACCUCAGAUGCAUAAUGAGAAAAGACAUCAAGCAGUGAAAAGAUAUGUUCUAGGUUUUGACACAGUUGGCACCACUGAAGAUGACUGUAGCCAGAUAUUGUACACGCUGCAUCGAAACCAAAAUGUUCAUUCCCAUUUUCUGUUUUUAGCCUUGACGUGUUUUCAUCUAAUAAAUGGAAAUCAUCCGGCCGCUCCAAACAGCUGGACGCCUUGUGUGUGAAGGUGGUGUUGAACAAAAGUCUAAAAAUUUGCAAACCUAUAAUUCUCCCAAAUCACCUUGAAAAUUGCGAGUAAAUGAGGGACUUCUAUGUAACUAAUGAUUGUGUAUGUAAGAAUAAAUGGACUGCAGUAUCUGACUGUGCCCACCUGCCUGGGCUUAAGAGUAUAAUCACAUACUCUCACUGGUGAUAAGUGGCAGCCUCCAUUUGGGAAACAAAAUAUAGUUUUCAGUAACAUUUCUGCUUUUUUAUGUAUCUGCAGUACUGCUGUUUACAUAAGCUUUCAUGUACUGCUCUUUUGAUUUCUGUGUCCUGUCAAAGUCUCCUAUCAGAUCAGCUGUCCCUGUUGCAACAGAUAAUUAUAUAAGAUGAGGAAUAUUCAGAUAUUUAUAGAUGUAAAUGUAUAUAAUGACUGUACUACUUUAUCAGGCUCUGUUAGAUGUGACUGAACAAUGGAAAUGCCUCUUAUUAUGUUUGUCAGUUUUAUUUUCUCUUUUUACAUGUUCAAUUCUGCCUGCCUUUCUUUUUAUAAGCAGAAUUACAUUACAUGUCACCUUCUUAAAAACAGUG